AUGCUGAAAAUAUUUGGAACCAGCAAAUUAAAAAAAACUACGAUUUAUAACAUUGGAAUACUUUUAACCGUGACAAAUGGAUUCCUUUUUUAUUAUACUUACACUACUGUCAAAAAAAAUCGGCCUCCAUUCCUACACAUUGAUCCUCCAACCGAAAAACAUAGAAUAUCAAUUUUUGAUAAUUUAGCAUCAACAUAUGAUUCCUCAUUCGAUAGCGCUUUCGAAAAAUAUGGCAUAUUGAAGGCGAAGAAGAUACUGUUAAAAAAAGCCAGGGGUCACGUACUGGAUGUUUGUUCUGAGAAAGAAAGGCCAGAAUAUCCAGUGGUGAUAUUAUGCGACGACGUGAAGAAGAUCCCAUUUGAGGACUCCAGCUUCAACACGGUUGUGAGCACCCACUCGCUGUGCUCAGUGGAAGACCCAGAAGCUCUAAUCAGUGAAAUUGACCGGGUCAUGAAACCAUCAGCCAAGUUCCUGUCAAUUGAACGAGGGAAGAUUUAUUACUACCCAAUCAGAAAGUUGAUGGAGUUGUUGGAAAUAUAUCCAAAUGAUAAUGUUCCCUGGAAAUAUGGUUACUAUGAAAAUCGUGAUCCAAUGUCCUCUAUCUACCCAAAACUGGAAAUCAGUAAAUAUGGAAUAUUCGGAUAUGGAAUAAAUUAUUCAAUUUUAGCUAGGAAACGAGAUAAAAGCCCUUCAAACUUCUCAGAAAACCCUCAAAUCUUAUCAAACGCCAAAGUUUUCCAUACUUACACUCCUCAACAUUAA